AUGGCUUCACCAAAAGUUGAAGACCAGGACGUGCCCGCCGUCGGCCCAUCCCUGAAUGCCACGGAAAGUCUGAGUCUCAAGCAGCGAGAGCAAGAGGUUCUCAUGGCCGCAUGGCUCUCUAUCAAGGGAGCUGAACCACAAGUGGACUAUGAUAGUAUGGCCAACAUUCUGGGACUCAAAAACGGCCAUACAGCUAGCACUGUGUUCUACAAUCUGAAGAAAAAGAUGAAGCAGUUCCGCAGCCAGGCGGGUGGGGCUGGCGAGUUGCCGGCAUCCCCCAUACACAAAAAACCCUCUACGCCCCGCAAGCGUGCGUCUGGGAAUGCAAACACUCCCAAGUCGGGCAGAUCUGCCAAGCGAGUCAAAUUUGAGGCUUCUACUCCACAAACUCCGGAUCUGGCUGAGGGCGAAAUCUAA